AUGAUUCCUCGCAUCAUUCUGGCAUUGAUUCCCGUCAUAUCGCAUACCGUAGCUGACAUAUGCUCUCACUGUUCAUGUGAUGAAGAUUCGAAGUCGGUUACUUGCUCUUCCCCCAGCCUCCUUGUACGAACCGUCUCGCUACUUCCUUGGAUUGAAGAAUUACGCCUCGUCGACUUAAAUAUGCCCUAUCCACCUCACUUCGUUUUCCAUCCAACUCUUCAAGUUCUGCACAUCAACCGAUGCGGCUUGCAGGAGCUUUCUGCUCAUACACUGCUUCCACUACCAAAUUUGGUAGUGCUCAAUUUGGCCGAUAACCAUCUUACAACUCUUCCGAAGAAUCUUCUACGAAGUUUAAAACAUUUACGUAUCUUGAAUUUGGCUAGAAAUCAAAUAGCCAACAUCUCCCAUUUAUCAAAUAUGCUUGCUGAAAACGUCGUGCUUGAGAAGCUCGACUUAAGCGAAAAUCCAAUAUCUUUCUCAACUGUAAAUUCCUUUAUUCUGCCUUCAGUGCAACUUUUCCUUUCACACGCCAAUCUUGCUUUCAUCAACUCCACAGCAAUGAUCUUCCACCCAUCAGAGAUUUGUCCGAAAGAAGUGGGCUGCCGUAUCCUGCCGCUAAGCCGUGCUGAUUUGGCUCGCCUUGACAACUUGGAUGUUUCUGAAAACAUUCUCGAAGUUGAUAUCUCGGCACUCAAUGCUCUUUCAAACGCCAAUUACCUAGAUUUUUCUCACACUCAUCUCCCUUUGGAUUUCACCAUCUGGUUAGAGGAGAAGAGCAGAGUGAAGUACUUGAAUCUCUCUAAUGCUAAGAUCCAUUUAUACGGCGAUAGCUGGUCUGUUUGUGGUAGAGAAUUGAAGCAGCUCGAUAUCAGCGGACUAGGACUGAAACGACUACAAUUAAAUCCAAAUUGUGUGUUGAAAACUGUAUUCGCUAGAAAUAAUUUGCUGGAAACCAGUCAUCUUGAAGGUCGUUCGCUAGAACAACUGCACAUAGAUCGGAAUCUCUUCACGGAUUGGCUCAUUCCCCCGCCAGGAGUUAUUCUAGAGAACCUUCGCUCGCUUACUAUCUCGUCCAACCUGCUUACUUACAUACCUCCCCAUGCUCUUUCUUAUUUUCCGAAUCUGCAACAUCUUGACGUCUCACGAAAUCAGAUAAACCAGAUUGACCAUCUCGCAUUCCCGAGCCUCGGUAUGCAGCUUAUUUCUAUCGACUUGUCAUUCAACAAGCUCUCAAUUCUACCUCAUCCUGUGCUGCCAUCGCUUAAUUAUUUGGAUAUUUCUAGCAACGAAAUCGUUACCCUGGAUCCGAUGUUCUUCAUCGCUAUGCCCCUACUUCAACACCUUAAGUUGACGAACAAUUCAAAGAUUUUUUCGAAGUGUGUUGAGCAGUGCUGGUUGGAUCAUCUGGACGAAUUAACGGGCCUCAUAGAUCUCGACCUUUCUCAUUGUGCCCUCUCAAGAACACCGCCCUUGUCACAUCUUUCGUCGCUUCGCUCUCUAAUUCUUCGUGGAAAUCAGAUCGUGGAUGUCAACGCUGCUGAACUGCCACCAAAUCUUAGAAUUCUAGACUUGGGUGAAAACCGCUUGCAUUUUACAAAGAACUUAUCACGGCUGCAUUCGCUUCGGGACCUUCGUGUUGAUACAAAUCCACUUAGAUGCGAUUGCUCACUGCACGACAUUAUUCCGUACCUAAUCAAUCAAACUCAAGUCAGCGAUCCACAGCUGUAUUACUGCUUUUCUGGUUCAUGGCAGUAUCCCUUAGUGCCGUACCUUGCCAGCACUACAUCGUGUACAGACAACAGUACUGCACAAUUCGUGCCAAUGCUUGCCACCACAUUCGCUCUUUUCGUUAUCAUAGUUUGUCUUCUGUUACUCUCAGUGGUCGGCUAUAGACGCUGCAUUGAUAAUCAUGCCUAUAGACUGCUGGCAACAGAUAGUCCGAGGCAACUGUAG